CCUGUGAUCUGCCUACUGGCUCUCACCCUCGCCAUCACCAAUGCCGGUCUUUUGCCACACCACGGCCACGACACGCACAUCGUGGAAGGUGCCCACCAUGUUGACAUACCACAUGGCAGCGGCAUCCAUCUCGGCCACUCAUCCGCCAUCGUAAUCGAUACCGACGGCGCUGCGGAACACAUCGAAUCGCAUCCGGUCUAUCAUCAUGAUGAUCACAGCGCACAUGUCGAUGUGCAUCCGAUCGUGCAUGACUCUCAUCUUCAUCACGAUGUGCAUCAUGAUGUCCACCAUGACAUACACCAUACCGCAGCCGCUGCCAAAAUUGUGCACCACGAGUCAAUCCACCAUGUCGAGCCUGUGCAUCAUGUCACCAAAGUGGUGCAUCAUGAGCCACACCAUUUCUUGCACUACGUAAAACCGGUGAUUGAUCAUCAUGUCAUACACCAGGACAAUCAUCAUGAUGAACAUUUGCAUGCACAUGAUUUGCAUCAUGCUGAG